AUGAAGUUGCUCGUGCUUUGUCUUUGCCUUGCUGGCGUUGCUGCCAGCCCGAAGCCAUCCAGCGUUGAGCCUCUACGAAUUUAUACCCUGCCUUUGCUUCCGCCAUCUGCUCAUAAAGUGCGGCUCAGCAAAGACGUGCUGAACAACUUGAAAAUGCUCGCCGACGACGCUGGUGUGAUAUAUAACAUAUCGGACAUUGCAAGCAGCGCUAGAGAGCUCUUGAAAUUGGUAAGGAUCGAAAACUGGAGCUGACAAUAAUUUUUUCCUGAAACUAACGGUAAGCAAUGAACAAUCUUUUUAGGUUGCCAAGUUCAACCAAAAGAACAGUCUUCAUCUCGCGUUACCGUUCAACUUAUUGAGAAGUCAGAUCCUCAAACUCCAUGACUACAACCCAAGGGAUAUUGAGUAUAGCGUAGCCCUCGCCGGAGCUGAUAUUAUCUACAAUGUCUUGUCGUCACAAUUGAGCGAGCUGGAGCGGAACCCCUUCGACAACGCGUACUUGAUCGCUCGACUCUUGGCAAAAGUACAGUGGGGUCCUGAUCCAGUGGCAAAAAACGUACCAUUUUGCAUCCAGGAAGUAUCAAAAAAAUGUGGCAAAAUGCUUCCCACUCCAAGUGAAAAAACUUCGUUUUGAAGGGCCCUUUCAGUCACAAAAAGAGCGGGCGCGCUUUUGAAAUCGGAGUUUUUUCACUUGGAGAGGGAGGUAUUUUGCAACAUUUUUUGAUACUUCCUGGAUGCAAAAUGGUACGUUUUUUGCCACUGGAUCAGGUCCGCCACUGUAGGUCAAAGGUUUUUAAAAGUGACCGUUUUUUAGAACGAGAUCAACGCCGUAAUUCGCAGCAACUUGAAAAUAUUAGGCAGACAUUUCGGAGCUUUUGUCAAAAGCCUCUCUUCUCUCUACGGAGUAGCUAAAAGAGGAGGUGUCCCCAUCUUCGUUGAAAUUGAAAACGUUCUCGACGUUCUAUCUCAACCAAAUGUGUCGAAUGAGCAAUUUAAAGAUGCUGUUUUGGCCGUUCUCAAAAAACUGUUCUCCGACAAAGAAGCUGCCAAGUUGUUGAAGUCAAUCGGUGAACAAAAUUAG